UCAACCGAUGCAGAAGAGGACCUAUCGAGAUUUCGAGGCGAUACAGGGGAAAGAAUAAAUGAGACGGAAUCGUGGAACACCCAUGAAAGACGACGACGGCCGACUUCUACGGAAACGAACCUGAUAACGAACCCAUUCCAACUCUACAUAGGCAUAAUGACAGCAGCAGAAGCAGAAAAGCUGGUCCCCGAACCUACUACUUUCCAUCUCUACCACCAAAUAGCGACAACACUGGAAGAAAUGCGCAGCGACUCACUUCACGCCGAAUUCGCCGAAGCGUGCAACCUACAGUCCAUUGUUCAUUAUCACCGAACAUCAGGAGACUAA